AUGCUCCCCAAACGCCUCCUCACAAUCCUCCUCGCCUCCCUCACCUCCCUAGCUCCCGUGUCCGCCUCCCCCCACACGGCCCUCUCCCACUCCGUCUCCCAACUUGGCUCCAUCCAAUCCCACCUGUCCCUCCUAACCGAAGCCCUCGACUCCUACAACGGCGGCGUCUGGGGCCUCCUCACGCUCGCCAACCGCGUGAACAACGCACAGAGCGCGAUACGUGGUGCUCGCUUGAACCUCGACCAGUUGCCCGUCCUCAGCGGCGACGAUUUCGAGAACUGGGCGGGUAGUUAUGAGAAGUUGCAGCCGGUUAUUCUGGGGGCGUUGAAGACGGCGCAUGGCAAGACUGAUCACUUCCACAAACUGGGUCUCAAGCCCGUUGUCGCGGCGCUGGUGCAGGGUCUUAUUGAUGAGAGAAAUGGGUAUAAGAAGACGAUUGAGGGGAAGAUGUCGAGGGAGAAUAUCACGGCGAUGGUUGCGCAUAAUGAGGAGGUGGAUAAGACAGUGAAGUUUGUUUUUGAAGCUUUGGAGUCGGUUUAG